GCCAGUUAUGAAAAUGGCUCUGACUACUGUUCUUAAGGAUAUCUUGCCAUUGUUGGACAUGUCAGUUUAUUGUAACUACAAAUCAGCUUUAGAAAAAACGAUUACCUGUGUAUCGCAGUAUUGCAAAAGUGGAGCUUGUUCUGAACAUUUGAAAAUAUUUUUCUUAAAUGAGCGUAUCAACCAAUUAUUUGUCCUUGUUAUAAAAGACUGUGGCGUUACUAACGAUUUAUCCUACCCAAAGCUACCCGUACUCCUAACUCCUCCACCAUCACCUGGCAUUAGCUCGUUGUUAUGUUCUCAAUGUGGACAGUUUUUAGCACUCAUAUCUGAAACCUGUGUGUUUGUUGUGGAUGCACAGUUCGGCGCAAAAGAAUUUUGUCAGGACCAAAUUGUUCGUCCAAUAUACUGUGCUAUUGAUCUUAGAGACCUUUCCUCCAAAUCAAAAUUAAAUGACGUUAUAGUAAAGGUGCGGUGGCAUCCGAAAUCUAACAGAACAUUGGUUAUUGUAACCGAAAAUUCCUUUAUAUAUUACAUUCAUUGUGUAAAGUCCUCAGAAAAUCAAAGCAUUCGAUUCAAUUUAUGGCUUGAAGCAGAUCUUUCAGUAUUUACUCAUAGCGCUCUUGAUGCUACCUACCAGGAUAUGAAUGAUUCGGAUGAGAGUUCUUGCAAUGAAAACGAUGAUAACAGUUCAUCAGUGUCCAAUACGAAAAUGAAUCUCAGUUUUGCUUUAGGCAGCAAGUGUGUCGACUUUGAUUUCGGUUCCGCACUAUUUAUAUCAAAACGCGGUUUAUCGGAAGCUCAGUUACAAGAUUGCUGUUUGUUCCUUCUUUACGAAACAGGUGAUGUUAUUCAAGUAUGUGGAUGCUUGUCCGUUCGUAAAAUGAAUCAACUAAAAUGUAAUGUUUUGCACAUUUUCCCACCAUCAAUUGAUAAUUAUGGAGAUGAAUUCUGUGCUAUUCAUUGUAUUCGUCCUAUUGACAGUUCAGAAAUGUUUUCAUUUGAAAAACCUCCUGAUAUAUUAGUGUUAGCUGAUAAAAUUGGUCGUUUGCAUAAUGGUAUUGUUCUGCGAGCCAAUAUACCUGGACAGAAUAAAAACAAAAAUCAAACUACAACCCCUCCAGUUUUACUCUGUCUCGUUGAUAUUGUGGAUCUUGAUCUAAUGUCUAGUAAUAGAACAACUGUGCAACAGUGUCAUCCAAACGGUAGUAUACUUCAUUCUUCAAAUUAUUCUGAUUACACUCAUUUUGAAUCUCCAUCGUUGUCAUUAGAACCAGCUAAUCUAAAUUUUUUGGACAAUAUUGAAUAUAAUAGUUAUUCAAUAGAUGGUUCAGAUUUUGUUAAAAAUAGAAUUUUUGGCUUGAAAUAUUCACAUCAAGGUUAUUAUGUAAUUCAUCAUAUGGGCAUUCAUCUUGUUAGUCUGUCAUGGAUUGAAAAUCUUUCACUAUGGUGUAGUGAAUUUAACAGUCAACUGUUAAAUGAUUCUAAUAAAUCUCUUAUUGAAGAGAUUCGGGAUUGGCAGUCAUGUGUGAAACACCUUGUCUGUGGCCAAAUUACCAUCUCUACCCCUGAUGGGAUGAAUGAAGAUAUGGAGGGAAAGUUUAGACUAGCUGGCUUCAUUGAACUAUCAUGUAAUUUCCUGUCAAAAAGUCAACCGAAAUCUAAAACUACAACCACUUUAGCUGAUUGUCGAUCAACUAAAGGUGUCACACUUUUGUUUAUUCGUGCACCUAUCCAACCAAUUGAUUCAACUGCCGGUAUAACUGAUUAUUCAUGUUUGGUACAUUUCAUCAGUCUAACACGGAAACCUGAAAGUUAUGCUGUGAAACAACGUUAUACUGGGUUAGAUUCAAGGUUAUUAAAUUUAUCUAUCUUCAUACUCAUAUGAUAACUGCAUUGAAUAUAAGUCUUGAUAAAAUAUCUAUGAUAAGAAUUUGUAGAGUUUUAUAGCUGGUCAAACUUGUCUUUGCAAUAUGAUUUAUUUAUUACUAUAGUUUACAGCAAAUGUAGUAAUAGGCAACCGUUUGACAAGUCUAAUGCUCGAACAUUUGAUAUCGACUUCUAACUCCUUCCUAGUUUUCCAUAAAUCUCUAACAUUUGAUCAGGAAACAAAAAGCGGAAAAGUAUGAGAAGUGGCUUCACUCCCAAGGUUAUUUCAGGUACAAAAAACGAGAAUAUUUAUAAGUUUAUGUGUGAUCGUGAUAUCCUGGGAGCUUCCGGACAUAAACUAAAAUUCGUAACAAAAUCGGUAGUUAUUCACUUAGGAUAUGAAAUGUAAUCUGUCACUUUUCAAGGACUGUCUCGGAAGUUUCUAUUGAAAUCUGAUUCAGCAAAGCGUUCCCAACCUUUUCCUGGUUUCUGAAUAAAGAUCUACCCUCAUCUCACUCAGAAAUAUAUAAAAGUUGACUGAAACUGAACAAAAUUGUUUUUCUUUGAUUUUCUUUGCAUAAGUACAGUAAAUCCAUUUUGUACAGUCUGAUUUUUAUUCAUGUCGUAAAUAAUAAAGUUGAACAUCGUUAUUCGAUUAUUGCCUUGAUUGAAGUACGAUCGUGUAUCUGGUAACUAACAUCCGGAACUAUUGACCCAACAAUUACAGAUUUUGCCUUAAAAAUGAAUAGAUUAGAUACUUUGGUAUGAUUCUGGUUUGUAUAGUUAGCCUUCAGAAGGAAAAUUAAAGAUUCGUAUAUUUUAACGACUCUUGGUUAACUUGGAUUUUCGGACAAUAGAACACAGAGUAACGAAACACUUACAUAUAAAUACAAAUGAUCAUAAGAUUCAAAUGUCAAUCUAAGUAGUCAAAAGGUGGUUGUACAUCACGAUGAAGUAUCUUCAAAAAGCAUUAUUUAAAAUCGGUUUGAAUAUUCAUGCAAUUAUUAAUAGAAACAGGUCUAGGUCAAAAUAUUAGCCCUACGCUGAUACUAAUCUUAGUAUAGAAACUUAUUCUUGUUUAAUAACUUACAUGUAUGCCGCACUCCACUCUCACUCUCAUAAGUACGUUGACUGAAAGAUAUUCUUCAUCAUUCUCUGGACUCUCAUUUAUCACGUACAUUUUUAUGUAUUCGACUUUGGGUAGUCCCACUGUUCUUAUGAGGACCAUUGUUACUACCCAGUUGAUAAGAUUAAAGGUGUAGUGGCGUCUGAUUGUACAAUUUACUUUUUAAAAACCAAAUGUUUUAACCAUUAGGUCUCCGUUCCAUUCUCUCAGGUACUAUCGUGUAUGUAACAUUACUAUGAUGUGUACUUUUUUAAACUUGUUUUCAUCGUUAUGUGAAAUAAGUUUAGUACAUUAUUAAAAACCAGGUAGCACUAGUGAUUCGUCUUGUUUUUGUGUGGGACUUCUCUGCGCUGUCAGUCGACAGUCACUUCCCCUUAAUCAAGUGCAUAAUUUAAGAGUUAUUUUUAUUCAUUUUUUGAACUUAUUUCAUCCUCGUCAUAUGUGUGAUGUACAAUGUAAGUUGAUAAAUUCUUUUGCCUUUUUAUAUCUCAGAACUACUGAUCAUUAUGAUUCCUGUGAUUCAACUCUCCGUUCACAUUUCACAUCUCAAAUAAAACAAGUGUUAUCGGGAGACAAUUCACAUUUUCCGAUGAUAACCGGUUUAAAUUUACAACCCGAUCUUACCCAGCAACAGUUGGUUCAAUUUUUUAUUAAGGUCUCUGAUAUACUGCGCAAAGGACCUCUAGAUCGUCUAAUGAAAGCUCGCUCAAUGAUUGAACAUCACUCUAGACAGUUACAAGAUAUAAUUUCAGCUCAACAUUCCGAAGCAAUGAAGCUAACAUCUGAACGUCAAACUUUACAAUCUAAAGCUGAGGACUUAGCAAAACGUCACUCUGUAAUCGCCGAGCGUCAAAGUAUGUUGGAUAAACGUAUGGCUAACUUAGCAACCCGUUUAGCCGCUUUAGGCGAAGGUCCUACUAAAGCUGAAAUCGCAAUGCGUAGUGAAGUUAUCGUAAUUCGUGAUCGUCUACACAAAGGCCUUAGACAAUGGUUAUCGACUCUCAAGAACCGUCGUGACAAAUUGGAAAAACAAAUACUGUUGCGCAAAAAAACAGAUAAAUCAUCUAUUCGUAACUCUCUUCCCAGCAGCCUUCUAAGAACCACCGAAAACAUCGAAGGAAAUCAGUGGCAAACAGUAUCAGAAGAACUUCGCCGGGAAACUUUAGAAAUCAAAAUGUUAAUUAACGCAGUUAAAACGCUUAACACAAAGACUAUAAAUCCCACCUAGUGUCUUAUUUUAUUUUCCCGUAUAUAAAUAAUUCCAGAUAGAAAUAAUACUGAACCCGUUCAUUUGGAUUAUUUUGUACACCUGUAAGUUAAUUUUAUAAGUAAAUUAUCCUAUGAGUUAUAAAUACUCGACCAUGUGACACUACUUUUAUUUUUGAGUACUAAACUUUGUCGAGCAAAAAUGAUUGUUCAGUGUGUUUCACUCAUAUAAUACGUGUGUAUCAACUUUAGCACAUAAAAUUUUGGUUUAUUGGGCUGUAAAUUCCGGUGUGUAAUGAGCUUUUAAGAAA